AAAAAUUAAAAAUGAUUGUGAUUAAGUUAAUUUUGCUAUUAAGCAUUUAGUCAAAGAAAAUUUAUUGACCAAAUGUGAAUAGGAGAGUGAAGGACACCAAAGGCGCGCUCGCCCUAAUCGCAUUGCCAUAGACAUCGCCGCCUGCCCUCUAACACAAAAUCAGCUCUACGGCGCAGCGCAAACCAAAUACUGAAAGCGGCUUUGGUUUAUAGGGUUUUACAACCACCGAACAAAUGGAUUCGUUUUCAUCCCCUUCAAGCGGUUCUUCUCCCCAAUUUUCUGCCAAUGAAUUCAGGGAUCAGCUCAAGACUCAGCUUGCUCAGGCCUACGCCGAGGAGUUUCUUGAGACCUUAAGAGUGAAGUGCUUUGACAAGUGUAUCACAAAGCCAGGGUCAAGCUUAAGUGGAAGUGAGAGCAGUUGCAUCUCUAGGUGCAUGGAGCGUUAUAUUGAAGCAACCAGCAUCGUCAGUAGAGCCCUCUUUAAGACACCACACUAAAAGAACAGGUUUUCCUAAGACAUUAUGAGGUCGAGGUAUCUUCAGCACCCAACCUACAUUAUUUUUCUCGGUUAGAUAUUUGUUUUCCUGCUCUAAAAUCUUUCUUGAGGAGACAAGUUUUUGAUCUGUUCCCCAUAGAUAAUAUUGGUAUCAUGUGCUUUAUUUGCUUACAUGUGAACUUCGGGUCAUUCAAACUCUCAUUUCUUGUUAUUUAACAUGCUUCAAUUGGGGUUCUUACCA